AUGGUCUUAACUUAUGUUUAUGCUGGAUGGGAAGUGGUAGCACAUGAUGCUCGAGUUCUAACGAAGAUUGUAUCUAAUCCAGAUAAUGGAUUUCUGUUUCCUCCUUCUACAUAUCCAAACACUCGAGGAUUUCUAGCACCAUAUCGUAAUGUUCGAUAUUGGUUAGGAGAUUAUCAUCGUAGGCGGGCUAUUAAUAAGGAGAAAAAAAUUAACCAUGGUCAUGCACAACUCAGAAAUGUUAUAGAACGUGCUUAUGGAGUUCUGAAAGCAAGAUUUUUUAUAUUAGACAAGAUGCCUCCAUAUUCUAUUGAUGUUCAAAAAGAUGUUGUUGUUGCAUGUUUUGCAGUUCAUAAUUUUAUUAGGAAGGAGCGUAUAAAUGAUGACCCUUUUAAUCAAUACGAGUCACCUCAAUUAAUAUUUGACGAGGAUGAACGAGAAUACGAAGAAAUGUUGAAUGAAACUAAUGGAUCUGAUUGGAUAGUUGCAGAUUCAUAG